AUGGCGCACAGCUGUCGGUGGCGCUUCCCCGCCCGACCCGGGACCACCGGGGGCGGCGGCGGCGGGGGGCGCCGGGGCCUAGGGGGCGCCCCGCGGCAACGCGUCCCGGCCCUGCUGCUCCCCCCCGGGCCCCCGGCCGGCGGCGGCCCCGGGGCGCCCCCCUCCCCCCCGGCCGCGGCGGCCGCGGCGGCGGCGGCGGCGGGAAGCAGCGGGGCCGGGGCUGCAGGGGGAGCGGCCGCCGCCUCGGCAGCCUCGUCGUCGUCCGCCUCGUCCUCGACUUCGUCAUCGUCCGCAGCCUCCUCCGGGCCGGCCCUGCUCCGGGUGGGCCCGGGCUUCGACGCGGCGCUGCAGGUCUCGGCCGCCAUCGGCACCAACCUGCGCCGGUUCCGGGCGGUGUUUGGGGAGAGCGGCGGGGGAGGCGGCAGCGGAGAGGAUGAGCAGUUCUUAGGUUUUGGCUCAGAUGAAGAAGUCAGAGUACGAAGUCCCGCAAGGUCUCCUUCAGUUAAAAGUAGCCCUCGAAAGCCUCGCGGGAGACCUCGGAGCGGCUCUGAGCGCAGUGCGGCCGUCCUCUCGGGCCCGCCUGUAUUCUCCCCUCUCAGCAAAGCGGAGCCCAAGUCCGGAGACAAGGUCAAGAAGAAAGAUUCUAAAAGCAUCGAGAAAAAGAGAGGCCGACCUCCCACCUUCCCUGGAGUAAAAAUCAAGAUCGCGCACGGGAAGGACAUUGCAGAGUUACCAAAGGGAAACGAAGACAGCCUGAAAAAAAUCAAACGGACCCCUUCCGCCACGUUUCAGCAGGCCGCCAAGAUCAAGAAACUACGCGCAGGCAAACUCUCUCCUCUCAAGUCCAAGUUUAAGACAGGGAAGCUCCAGCUAGGGAGGAAGGGGGUGCAGAUCGUCCGGCGGCGGGGGAGGCCGCCCUCGGCCGAAAGGGUCAAGGCCCCCGCGGGCCUCCUGCUCGCCCCGCCGCUGGAGAAGCCCCAGAAGGCGCGCAAGGACAAGGAGGGCACGCCCCCGCUCCCGAAGGAGGACAAGGCAGUGGUCCGACAGAGCCCCCGCAGGAUCAAGCCGGUCCGGAUCAUCCCUUCUUCCAAAAGGACAGACGCCACCAUUGCCAAGCAGCUCCUGCAGAGGGCGAAAAAGGGGGCGCAGAAGAAAAUCGAGAAGGAGGCGGCCCAGCUGCAGGGGAGGAAGGCGAAGACGCAGGUGAAGAACAUCCGGCAGUUCAUCAUGCCCGUGGUCAGCGCCAUCUCCUCGCGGAUCAUCAAGACCCCCCGGCGGUUCAUCGAGGACGAGGACUACGACCCCCCGAUGAAGCUCGCGCGCCUGGAGCCCGCGCCGAGCGGCAGGUUCGGCGCCGCGUCCUGCGGCUCGUCCGAGAAGUCCAGCGCCGCCUCCCAGCGCUCCUCGCAGGCGUCCUCCGACUCCUCGCGCUCCAGCAGCCCCAGCGUGGACACCUCCACGGACUCGCAGGCCUCCGAGGACCUGCCGGGGCUCCCCGAGGAGCAGGGCGACGCCCCCGACGCCCGCCCUCCGCUGCCCGGCCCCCCGGCCCCGGAGAACGACGGCAGCGACCGGAGGAGCCGAAGGUACUCCGUGUCCGAGCGGAGUUUCGGGUCGAGAAGCGCGAAGAAGCUGUCGGCCCUGCCCAGCGCGCCCCCGCCGCAGGCCUCGGCCUCCCCGCCGCCGCCCCUGCUGAGCCCGCCGCCGCCCCUGCAGCAGGCGCCCGGCCUGUCGGACCACACGCCGUGGCUCAUGCCGCCCACCAUCCCGCUGGCGUCCCCGUUCCUGCCCGCGCCCGCGCCGGACAAGCGCCGCUCCAUCCUGCGCGAGCCCACGUUCCGGUGGACGUCGCUGAAGCACUCGCGGGCCGAGCCGCAGUACUUCUCGUCCGCCAAGUACGCCAAAGAGGGCCUGAUCCGCAAGCCCGUCUUCGACAACUUCCGGCCGCCGCCGCUCACGCCCGAGGACGUGGGCUUCGCGCCCGGCUUCGCCGCGCCCGCCGCGUCGGCGCGGCUCUUCUCGUCCCUGCACGCCGGCUCGCGCUUCGACGUGCACAAGCGCAGCCCCCUGCUGCGCGCGCCCCGCUUCACGCCCAGCGAGGCGCACUCCAGGAUCUUCGAGUCCGUGACGCUGCCCGGCGGCCGGGCCCCCGCCGGCGCGGCCCCCGCGGGCGCGGCCAGCAGGAAACGGAAAAGGAAGGUGUUCAGCCCCCUCCGCGCGGAGCCCCGGUCCCCCUCGCACUCCAUGCGCACGCGGAGCGGGCGGCUCAGCGCGGCCGAGCUGUCCCCGCUCAGCCCGCCGGCGCCCGUCUCGUCCUCGCUCAGCAACUCCGUCGGUCCUCUCGCCGCUAGUGCCUUAAACCCGACGUUCACCUUCCCUGCGCACUCCCUGAGCCCGCCCGCCGACGCCGCGGAGAAGGGCCAGCGGCCGCGGAAGCAGAGCGGCGCCCCCGCCGAGCCCUUCCCCUGCGGCAGCCCCGGCCCGCUGUUCCCCUGGUUCGCGCCCGGCUCGCAGCCCGAGCGCGGCCGCAGCAAGGACCGCGCCCCCGAGGAGCCGUCCAAGGAGCGCGAUGCCGACAAGGCCGCCGACAAGGACAAGAGCCGCGAGAGGGACCGGGAGAGAGAGAAGGAGAACAAGCGCGAGUCGAGGAAGGAGAAGAGGAAAAAGGGCUCCGACGCGCAGAGCAGCUCCGCCCUGUAUCCCGUGGGCAGGGUUGCCAAAGAGAAGGCUGUCGGGGAGGACGUGGCCACGUCCUCUUCCGCGAAGAAAGGGACGGGGCGGAAGAAGUCUGCAGCCCUGGACUCGGGGGCGGAUCUCGCUUCCGCGACGCUUGAGGACACGACCGCUGUCAAAACCAAAAUACUUAUAAAGAAGGGGAGAGGGAACCUGGAGAAAAACAACCUGGACCUCGGCCCGGCUCCCCUCCCUCUGGAGAAGGAGAAAGCCCUCUGCCUUCCCACCCCCUCACCUAGCACUGUUAAACACCCCGCUUCCUCCGUAGGCUCCAUGCUGGCCCAAGCGGACAGGAUGACGGACAAGCGGGUCGCCAGCCUCCUGAGGAAGGCCAAAGCCCAGCUCUGCAAGAUCGAGAAGAGCAAGAGUCUCAAACAGACCGACCAGCCCAAAGCACAGGGUCAAGAAAGUGAUUCCUCAGAGACCUCUGUCCGAGGACCCCGGAUCAAACACGUCUGCAGAAGGGCUGCUGUCGCCCUGGGCCGAAAGCGAGCUGUGUUUCCCGAUGACAUGCCCACCCUGAGUGCCUUACCCUGGGAAGAGCGAGAGAAGAUUCUGUCUUCCAUGGGGAACGACGACAAGUCCUCCGUUGCUGGCUCAGAAGAUGCCGAACCUCUUGCUCCACCCAUCAAACCGAUUAAACCUGUCACCAGAAACAAGGCCCCUCAGGAGCCGCCGGUGAAAAAGGGACGGCGAUCGAGGCGGUGCGGGCAGUGCCCCGGCUGCCAGGUGCCCGAGGACUGCGGUGUUUGCACUAACUGCUUGGACAAGCCCAAGUUCGGUGGCCGCAACAUAAAGAAGCAGUGUUGCAAAAUGAGGAAAUGUCAGAAUCUGCAGUGGAUGCCUUCCAAAGCCUACCUUCAGAAGCAAGCGAAAGCUGUGAAGAAGAAAGAGAAAAAGUCGAAGACCAGUGACAAGAAAGAGAGCAGUGUCGUGAAGAACUUGGUGGACUCUAAUCAGAAACCUGCCCCGCCAGCAAGAGAGGACCCCGCCCCUAAGAAAAGCAAUAGUGACCCUCCUCCGAGGAAGCACGUUGAGGAAAAGAGCGAAGAAGCGGCCGCCCCUGCUCCAGGACUUGAAUCCAAACAGGGCAGCGCCCCCGCCUCCAGGAAGUGCAGCAGGCAGGCCUCCCAGCCCGCCCCGGCCACCCCCCCGCAGCCCGGCACAGCCCCGCCGAGGAAGGAAGUCCCCAAGGCGGCGCCCAGCGAGCCCAAGAAGAAGCAGCCCCCGCCGCCGGAGGCAGGUCCAGAGCCAAGCAAGCAGAAAAAAGUGGCUCCUCGCCCAGGUAUCCCUGUAAAACCAAAACCAAAAGAAAAGGAAAAGCCACCCCCAGUCAGUAAGCAGGAGAACGCGGGCGCUCUGAGCGUCCUCAGCACUCUGUCCAAUGGCAGUAGUUCUAAGCAGAAAGUCCCAGCGGAUGGGGUCCACAGGAUCAGAGUGGACUUCAAGGAGGAUUGUGAAGCAGAAAGCGUGUGGGCGAUGGGAGGCUUAGGCAUCUUGACCUCUCUCCCCAUAACCCCCAGGGUGGUUUGCUUCCUCUGUGCCAGUAGUGGGCGUGUAGAGUUCGUGUAUUGCCAAGUCUGCUGUGAGCCCUUCCACAAGUUUUGCUUAGAGGAGAACGAGCGCCCCCUGGAGGACCAGCUGGAAAACUGGUGUUGCCGUCGCUGCAAGUUCUGUCACGUUUGCGGACGGCAGCAUCAAGCCACCAAGCAGCUGCUGGAAUGUAACAAGUGCCGAAACAGCUAUCACCCCGAGUGCCUAGGACCUAACUACCCCACCAAGCCCACGAAGAAGAAGAAGGUCUGGAUCUGCACCAAGUGCGUGCGCUGCAAGAGCUGCGGGGCCACGACGCCCGGCAGAGGGCGGGACGCGCAGUGGUCUCACGACUUCUCGCUCUGCCACGACUGUGCUCAGCUCUUCGCUAAAGGAAACUUCUGUCCGCUCUGUGACAAGUGUUACGACGACGACGACUACGAGAGUAAGAUGAUGCAGUGUGGGAAGUGCGACCGCUGGGUCCACUCCAAAUGUGAGAAUCUUUCAGAUGAGAUGUAUGAGAUUCUGUCUAAUCUGCCAGAAAGUGUGGCCUACACUUGUGUGAACUGCACCGAGCGGCACCCUGCGGAGUGGCGCCUGGCCCUGGAGCAGGAGCUGCAGACAUCGCUGAAGCAGGUGCUCACGGCCUUGCUGAACUCGCGCACCACCAGCCAUCUGCUGCGCUGCCGGCAGGCUGCCAAGCCUCCAGACUUAAAUCCCGAGACAGAGGAGAGUAUACCUUCGCGCAGCUCCCCAGAGGGACCCGAUCCCCCAGUGCUCACUGAAGUCAGCAAGCAGGAGGACCAGCCGCCGUUAGAUCUGGAAGGAGUGAAGAGGAGGAUGGACCAGGGGAACUACACGUCUGUGUUGGAGUUCAGUGAUGACAUCGUGAAGAUCAUCCAAGCAGCCAUGAAUUCCGACGGGGGGCAGCCAGAGAUUAAAAAGGCCAACAGCAUGGUCAAGUCCUUCUUUAUUCGGCAAAUGGAACGUGUUUUUCCGUGGUUCAGUGUCAAAAAGUCCAGGUUUUGGGAGCCAAAUAAAGUAUCAAGCAACAGUGGGAUGUUGCCCAACGCAGUGCUUCCACCUUCACUUGACCAUAAUUAUGCUCAGUGGCAGGAGCGAGAGGAGAACAGCCACACUGAGCAGCCUCCUUUAAUGAAGAAAAUCAUCCCGGCUCCCAAACCCAAAGGGCCCGGAGAACCCGACUCGCCGACUCCUCCGCACCCUCCCACGCCGCCAGCUCCGAGUACUGAUAGGAGUGGAGAAGAUAGUCCGGAACUGAACCCACCCCCAGGCAUCGAGGACAACAGGCAGUGUGCACUGUGCCUGAUGUACGGCGACGACAGUGCUAAUGAUGCCGGCCGUUUGCUGUACAUUGGCCAGAAUGAGUGGACGCACGUGAACUGUGCCCUGUGGUCAGCAGAGGUGUUCGAGGACGAUGAUGGGUCCCUGAAGAACGUGCACAUGGCUGUGGUCAGGGGCAAGCAGCUGAGGUGUGAGUUCUGCCAGAAGCCAGGAGCCACUGUGGGCUGCUGCCUCACCUCCUGUACCAGCAACUAUCACUUCAUGUGUUCCCGGGCCAAGAACUGUGUGUUUCUGGAUGAUAAAAAAGUGUAUUGCCAGCGACAUCGGGAUUUGAUCAAAGGCGAGGUGGUUCCUGAGGACGGAUUUGAAGUGUUGAGAAGAGUGUUUGUGGACUUUGAAGGGAUCAGCUUGAGAAGGAAGUUUCUGAACGGCCUGGAACCAGAAAGCAUCCACAUGAUGAUCGGCUCCAUGACAAUCGACUGCUUAGGAAUUCUGAGCGAUCUUUCUGACUGUGAAGACAAGCUUUUCCCUAUCGGAUAUCAGUGUUCCAGAGUCUACUGGAGCACCACGGAUGCCCGGAAGCGCUGUGUGUAUACCUGCAAGAUCGUGGAAUGCCGCCCCCCGGUGGUGGAGCCGGAUAUCAACAGCACCGUGGAGCAUGAUGAAAAUAGGACCAUUGCCCAUAGCCCAACAUCUUUUGCAGAAAUUCCAUCUAAAGAAAGUCAAAACACAGCUGAAAUUGUAAGUCCUCCAUCUCCAGACCGACCUCCUCAUACGCAAACCUCUGGUUCCUGUUUUUAUCAUGUCAUCUCAAAGGUUCCUAGGAUUCGAACACCCAGUUAUUCUCCAGCACAGAGGUCGCCUGGCUGCCGGCCACUGCCUUCUGCAGGGAGUCCUACUCCAACCACUCAUGAAAUAGUCACCGUGGGGGAUCCUUUACUCUCCUCUGGGCUUCGAAGCAUUGGCUCCCGGCGUCACAGUGCUUCUUCCUCAUCACCCCAGCAGUCUAAGCUCCGGAUAAUGUCUCCGCUGAGAACUGGGGGCACCUACUCCAAGAAUAGUAUUUCUUCACUCUCCACCACGGGGACCACUACAGAUCUCGACUCAGGUACCAAAGCAGUCGAUCAUGUCCUAGGGCCACUGACUUCAAAUAAUAAUUUAAGGCAAAACACUCCCACCUCUUCGAAUUUGCAAAGGACAGUCGUGACCAUGGUCACGAAAAGCAGCCACGCGGACGGGUCUUCAGCUGCGGAAGCGCAGCAUUCCAGUGCGUCCGAUUCGGCGUCCAGCGGCGCCUGUCUGAAGGGGGAGAAGGCGAAGAUGCUGAGUUCCAGGAGCGCAGAGGGGGCUGCCCAUGCCGUGUCUUACCCUGGCAUCCCCAAACUGGCGCCCCAGCCUCAUAAUGCAGCGUCUGGCGAAGUAAAUGUGAGUAAGAUCGGCGCUUUCGCUGAAUUCUCUUCUGUGCCGUUUUCUCCUAAAGAGGCCCCCUCCUUCCCGCCGCUCCGGCUGCGAGGGCAAAGGGGUGGCCGAGACCAGCACACGGACUCCAGCCAGGCGGGGAGCCCCCCUGCCGACGAGGAGGCGGAGGCCAGGGCCUCGAAGCCGCCUGCCGUGAGCAGCAGGUCCUCUCUGGUCAGCGAACACGGGGGGCCCAGCCCCAGGGACAGGAGGCAGAAAGGGAGGAAGGCUUGUGGAGAAGCUCUCGGGGAAAAGCACCCCAGCAGACCCUUUCUGGGGCCUGGCCAGGCGGCAGCUGCUGAGGAAGGAGACCCGAAGUCCGAGUUUGUUGAUGAGGUUUUGGCUCCUGAAUUUAUGGGACGACGGCCGUGUAAUAAUGUUUCUUCUGAUAAGAGUGGGGACAAAGCCCUCUCUUCACCAGGAGUCCCCAAAGCCUCGUCCAUGCACGUGGAGGGCCCUGCCAAGGAAUUGCAGACACCCCGGAAACGCACAGUCAAAGUCACACUGACGCCACUGAAGAUGGAAAGUGAGAGUCGGUCCAGGGACACCCUGAAGGACAGUGGCCCUGCCUCCCCUUUGCAGGUAGAGUCCGCGUCUCCAGCAGAACCAGUUUCAGCCUCUGAGAGUCCAGGAGAUGGUCUAGUGGCCCAACCAAGCCCCAAUAAUACCUCAGCCCAGGAGUCUCAGAGUAACAGCUACCAGAAUCUUCCAGUACAGGACAGGAGCCUCAUGCUUCCCGACGGCCCCAAGCCGCAGGAGGACGGCUCCUUCAAGAGGAGGUACCCCCGCCGCAGUGCCCGCGCGCGCUCCAACAUGUUCUUCGGGCUCACCCCGCUGUACGGAGUGCGGUCCUACGGCGAAGAGGACAUCCCGUUCUUCAGCAGCUCGACCGGGAAGAAGCGAGGCAAGAGGUCGGCCGAAGGACAGGUGGACGGGGCUGACGACCUGAGCACGUCGGAUGAGGACGACCUGUACUACUACAAUUUCACCAGGACGGUCAUUUCCUCGGGCGCAGAGGAGCGGCUGGCGCCCCACAACUUGUUUCGGGAGGAGGAGCAGUGUGACCUUCCCAAAAUUUCGCAGCUGGAUGGUGUUGAUGACGGGACAGAGAGUGACACUAGCGUCACGGCCUCCACCAGGAAAACCAGUCAGAUUCCAAAGAGAAACGGCAAAGAAAACGGAACGGAGAACUUGAAGAUCGAGCGCCCCGAAGACGCCGAGAAAGAACAUGUCAUGAAGAGUCCUGUCGGCCACAAAAACGAGCCAAAGAUGGAUAACUGCCACUCCGUGAGCAGAGUGAAGACGCAGGGCCAGGAUGCUUUGGAAGCUCAGCUCAGCUCCUUAGAGUCGAGCCGCAGGGCCCACACCAGCACCCCCUCAGACAAAAACCUGCUGGACCCCUACAACGCGGAGCUGCUGAAGCCCGACUGCGACAACAACAACAGCGACGACUGCGGGAACAUCCUGCCCUCCGACAUCAUGGACUUCGUGCUGAAGAACACCCCGUCCAUGCAGGCCCUGGGGGAGAGCCCGGAGUCCUCCUCGUCAGAGCUGCUGAAUCUCGGCGAAGGCUUGGGCCUCGAUAGUAACCGUGAGAAGGACAUGGGGCUUUUCGAGGUGUUUUCCCAGCAGCUGCCGCCCACGGAACCCGUGGAAAACAGUGUCUCUUCUUCCAUCUCAGCAGAAGAGCAGUUUGAGUUGCCUCUCGAGCUACCGUCUGAUCUCUCUGUCCUGACCACCCGGAGCCCCACUGUCCCUAGCCAGAACCCCAGUAGACUAGCUGUGAUCUCAGACUCAGCGGAGAAGAGGGUGACCAUCACAGAAAAGUCUGUGGCCUCCUCCGAAGAUGACUCGGCACUGCUGACCCCAGGAGUGGACCCGGCGCCUGAAGACCACAUGACUCCGGAUCAUUUCAUCCAGGGACACAUGGAUGCCGACAUCUCCAGCCCUCCCUGUGGCUCAGUGGAGCAAGGUCAUGGCAACAAUCAGGACCUCACUAGAAACAGCAGCACCCCUGGCCUCCAGGUCCCUGUGUCCCCUACGGUUCCUAUCCAGAACCAGAAAUACGUGCCCAAUUCUACUGACAGUCCCGGCCCGUCUCAGAUUUCGAAUGCAGCCGUGCAGACCACUCCGCCCCACCUGAAGCCACCCACUGAGAAGCUCAUUGUUGUCAACCAGAACAUGCAGCCAUUGUAUGUUCUCCAGACUCUUCCCAACGGAGUGACCCAGAAAAUCCAGCUGACCUCUUCCGUGAGCUCUGCGCCCAGCGUGAUGGAGACAAACACUUCGGUGCUGGGCCCCAUGGGCAGUGGUCUCACGCUGACCACGGGGCUGAGCCCGAGCUUGCAGACCUCCCCGUCCCUGUUCCCCCCUGCGGGCAAGGGGCUGCUCCCCAUGUCUCACCACCAGCACCUGCAUUCCUUCCCCGCAGCCGCUCAGAGUAGUUUCCCCCCUAACAUCAGCAGUUCUCCCUCGGGCCUGCUCAUUGGGGUGCAGCCGCCUCCAGACCCCCAACUUCUGGUGUCAGAAGCCAGCCAGAGGACAGACCUCAGCACCACAGUGGUCACUCCGUCCCCUGGACUCAAGAAGAGACCCAUCUCUCGUCUGCAGACCCGGAAGAAUAAAAAACUUGCCCCCUCCAGCACCCCGUCGAGCAUCGCCCCUUCCGAUGUGGUUUCUAACAUGACGCUGAUCAACUUCACGCCCUCCCCGCUUCCAAGCCACCCCAGUCUGUUAGACUUGGGGUCACUCAAUGCUUCAUCCCACCGAACUGUCCCCAACAUCAUAAAAAGGCCUAAGCCGGGCCUCAUGUACUUCGAGCAGGCGCCCCUGUUACCACAGACGGUGGGGGGCACCGCGGCCACGGCAGCGGGCGCAGCAGCAGGGAGCCAGGACACUGGCCACCUCACUUCAGGGCCCGUGGCUGGCUUGGCAUCCGGUUCCUCUGUCCUGAAUGUCGUGUCCAUGCAAACGACAACAGCCCCUACAAGCAGUGCGUCUGUCGCAGGACACGUCACGUUGACCAGCCCCAGGUUGCUGGGUGCCCCGGAGACGGGCUCAGUAAGCAACCUGCUCAUCACGCCGAGCCAGCAGGGCCUGGGGCUUCAGGACCAGCCUGUGGCGGUACCGCCAAGUUCAGGGAUAUUUUCGCAGCUGGGGUCGUUACAGACUCCCUCGACCACUGCGAUGACCGCAGCGCCGAGCAUCUGUGUCCUCCCCUCGACGCAGGCCGUGGGCAUGGCGGCCGCUUCCCCUUCCAGGGACGCUGACGAGCACUACAAGCUUCAGCACGUGAACCAGCUGCUGGCCAGCAAGACCGGAAUCCUCUCCUCCCAGCACGACCCCGACGCCGCUCCCGGGACCCAGGGGCCCAGCUUCAUGCAGGCGGGAGAUGCUCCUGAGAGCGUGCGGCUGGAGCAGAGCAAGGCUUUGCCUUCCGCUCGACAAGCCAGCUCGGCCUCUCCCGCAGCCUCGCCGCCCUCUGCUCAGCAGUCGGCAAGCCCCCCCGUGCCAGGCCCCACGAAACCCAAACCAAAAAUCAAGCGGGUUCAGCUGCCUGCGGACAAAGGGAAUGGCAAGAAGCACAAAGCCGCCCACUCGCGGACCAGUUCCUCCGAAGCACACGCUCCAGACCAGGAAGCCAGCGCGUCGCCCCUGGCCGCCUUCACCGGGCCCCCAGACGCAGAGGCCGAGCCGCAGGGCGCAACGGGCGCGGAGCCGCAGGCACAGGAGGGCGGGCCGCCUGCAGGGCAAGCAGCAGUUCCUCCUGAGGCGCAGACGGCACAGAGUCCAGCGGACGAACACGAGGGCACAGGGCCCAAGGCUGCCGAAGAAGAGGACAGUGGUUUCAGCUCUCCGCUGAUGCUCUGGCUGCAGCAGGAACAGAAGCGGAAGGAGAGCAUUACUGAGAAGAAGCCCAAGAAAGGACUUGUUUUUGAAAUUUCAAGCGAUGAUGGCUUUCAGAUCUGUGCGGAAAGUAUCGAAGAUGCCUGGAAGUCGCUGACGGACAAAGUCCAAGAAGCCCGAUCAAACGCCCGCCUGAAGCAGCUCUCGUUUGCAGGUGUCAAUGGGCUGAGGAUGCUGGGGAUUCUCCAUGACGCGGUCGUGUUCCUGAUUGAGCAGCUCUCGGGCGCCAAGCACUGCAGGAAUUACAAAUUCCGUUUUCACAAGCCAGAGGAGGCCAAUGAACCGCCCCUGAACCCUCAUGGCUCAGCCAGGGCUGAGGUCCACCUGAGGAAGUCGGCGUUCGACAUGUUUAAUUUCCUGGCUUCCAAACAUCGGCAGCCUCCUGAAUACAACCCCCACGAUGAGGAGGAGGAGGAAGUACAGCUGAAGUCGGCUCGGAGGGCAACUAGUAUGGACCUGCCAAUGCCCAUGCGUUUCCGGCAUCUGAAGAAGACUUCCAAGGAGGCGGUCGGUGUCUACAGAUCUCCCAUCCACGGCCGGGGGCUUUUCUGUAAGAGGAACAUUGACGCAGGGGAGAUGGUGAUCGAGUAUGCCGGCAACGUCAUCCGCUCCAUCCAGACUGACAAGAGGGAGAAGUACUAUGACAGCAAGGGCAUCGGCUGCUACAUGUUCCGCAUCGAUGACUCGGAGGUGGUGGACGCCACCAUGCACGGGAACGCAGCCCGCUUCAUCAACCACUCCUGCGAACCCAACUGCUACUCGCGCGUCAUCAACAUCGAGGGGCAGAAGCACAUCGUCAUCUUCGCCAUGCGCAAGAUCUACCGCGGGGAGGAGCUCACCUACGACUACAAGUUCCCCAUCGAGGACGCGCGCAACAAGCUGCCCUGCACCUGCGGCGCCAAGAAGUGCCGCAAGUUCCUCAACUGAGGCUGCUGCCGGCACCCACGCGGCACCGAAGCCUUGCGGCGCAGUUCAGGAUGGGGCACCCCUGUGUCCCUAGUCCCUGUGUGAUCACAGUCCCGGGGAGAAGAGGUCUCGGAGGAAAGACCCGCUCUGCCUUCUGCGCGGGGCAUCACAAAGGGGGAAGGGUCCCUGUGGACUUGCCUGGAAGGAGCAAUGGGUUAGUUACAUGGGGGGGUUGCCAUCCUCGCCUGACCCCUCCCCCGCACAGUCAGCAAGGGUCAGGCAGAGCCCGAAUUCGGGGUGGUGGGGAGACCCAGCGGUUUGCCAGUGGGCCCGGCCUGGGGCCAUCUGUUGAACAACAGACGGUCUAGUGGUUUUCUCUCCCACUCCCCUCCCCCACCUGAGAAUUCACUCUGGUGGGAAAGCAGGGUUCUGAGCACCUUGGUGUGAAAGGCUGCCUGGGGCUGUGGCAGUCACUCAGCAAACAGCAGCCUGUGGCUGUCAGCAGCCUUGUCUCAGCCAGUCCCCUGGACAGCCAGCGGAGCGGCUCCUCCCUUCUCCUCGCUCCUGUUCCCGUCCUUCCCCCACUGCGUUCCGCUCGUCCUGGGUGGUGGGAGCCAGUGACUCCCUGCUCGGGACUGUCCCUGUUGGCAGGUGUGUGCCCACGACCCCGUCCCUGAGCCUGUGAGCCCUCCCAGCGGGAAGUGGACAGGCGCCAUCGGCCAUGACCAGACAGUUAGGGAUUUCCUUAAAGCUCGCUGAGGGCCUUGAAGAAGUAGGUGUGGCCUGGUGUGGACGAGGAAGCGAUUAUUGAAACGUUGGAUCAUGCCACAGCCAGAGUAUCGUGACCAGGGUGACCUGGGCCCCUCCCAGGACAUGUCACUUCAUUUUCCCGUCGCUAAGACAUAGGAAGACUUAAUGUUUAAAUGGUCAGUGUCCAGUCGAAGGCACAACACUAAUCAGAUUUCAAGGCCCAAAACUUGGGGGCUGGAGCGCCCGGCACUGAGGAUUCUGCCACCUGCGCAGACGCACGGACAGAGCGAUGAGACCUGCUGCCCGAGGGCCCAGGCGUGGUCGCAGCAUCACACGUCCCGACAGUGUCCUGAACCCAUUAAAUUAAGUCAUCGGAUGUUACUCUGUUCUGUUUACAGUUUACUAUUUAAGGUUUUAUAAAUGUAAAUAUAUUUUGUAUAUUUUUCUAUGAGAAGCACUUCGUAGGGACAAGCACUUAUGACAAGGCUAUUUUUUAAACCGCGGUAUUAUCCUAAUUUAAAAGAAGAUCGGUUUUAAAUAAUUUUUUAUUUUCAUAGGAUGAAGGUAAAGAAAAUAUUCAGCUGUACACGCAAAGUCUGGUUUUUCCUGCCAACUUCCCCGGGAGGUGCACUUCCCGUAGCUCCAUGUGUUUGUGCCCUGUUGACGUAGCAGUUCUGGGUUUGCUCUUUGACAAUAAAUGGAAAGGAAGGUCACCCACUCCACUGGGCCACUCCUCUUCUUUCCCGCACUGCGUCCUCCCGGCCCGCUCAGCGAGGGGCAGCGGGGCCCUCGCCCACAGCGCCCACGCCCGAGUUAGCGCCAGGGGGGCCCGGACAUUCCCGUCGCGUCUGCCUCCCAGACCACCUCGGCCCUUCCCCUCUGCCCGUGAGUCCUCAUCCUCCUCACCCGCCAGGCGCCUACAGGUCCGGCCCUGUGGGGCAGCCGCUGAAACCGAAGCACAGUUGGCCCCCGCGGACAAGCAGGCCGUGGAGGCCCGGGAGGCCCGGAGGCGGUGACCCGGGCCCCAGGUGGCGACCUCGGCCCCAGGAGCCCUGCCUCGGGAAGUCCGGCAAAGCAAUACGCCCGGCCCAGCGCCCUCUGUUCAGGACUGUUCCCGGCUCUGCUGCUGUGCCUUCCGCCCCGGGCUCCUGCUCUUCUGUGACUUCAGGACUCUGUCUGGUGGCUCUGCUGGGACAGCGUCACUGUUCCCACUGCCGCGCAGGGAGCCCGGCACUGUGGCCAGGAUGGCAGACAAGUGCCAGCAGGGGAAGCAUGCAGACCUCACCUCCCUCCCCGCCCCUUUCCUUUGUUAUUGCACUGUGUGAGGUUUGUUUAUAAAUCCUUGAGUUCCUUUUUUUUUUUUUUUU